AAAUGUUUUGUGACGAUUAUCCCCGCACCGUCCAGAGUACUCUAACCCACAAGUUGAGGCCGCCCUGCAGCCCAUCAGACGAGGACGCGCGCGUGUAUAAAAGCUGACUGGACUCCCAGCGUCUGUCAGCGAAGCCGAAGCAGCAGCCAAUUCGCUCGAGUUCAGAUCGAGCGCGCGCCAAGCAAGUCUUCCGGCCGGCCGCGAAGAGCGCAAUCAAGCAAGACAAGAUGGUGAAGCUCGCCUUCGGAAGCGUCGGCGACUCCUUCAGCGCCACCUCCAUCAAGGCCUACGUGGCCGAGUUCAUCGCCACCCUCCUCUUCGUCUUCGCCGGCGUCGGUUCCGCCAUCGCCUACGGGCAACUGACGAAUGGCGGCGCGCUGGACCCGGCGGGCCUGGUGGCGAUCGCGAUCGCGCACGCGCUGGCGCUGUUCGUGGGCGUGUCCGUCGCGGCGAACAUCUCGGGCGGCCACCUGAACCCGGCCGUGACGUUCGGGCUGGCCGUGGGCGGCCACAUCACCAUCCUGACGGGCGUCUUCUACUGGGUGGCCCAGCUGCUGGGCGCCACCGUGGCGUGCCUGCUCCUCGGGUUCGUCACCCACGGCAAGGCCAUCCCGACGCACGCCGUCGCGGGCAUCAGCGAGCUGGAAGGCGUCGUGUUCGAGGUCGUCAUCACCUUCGCGCUCGUCUACACCGUGUACGCCACCGCCGCCGACCCCAAGAAGGGCUCGCUCGGCACCAUCGCGCCCAUCGCCAUCGGCUUCAUCGUCGGCGCCAACAUCCUCGCCGCGGGGCCCUUCAGCGGCGGCUCCAUGAACCCCGCCCGCUCCUUCGGCCCCGCCGUCGCCGCGGGCGACUUCGCCGGAAACUGGGUCUACUGGGUCGGCCCGCUCGUCGGCGGCGGCCUCGCUGGCCUCGUCUACGGCGACGUCUUCAUUGGCGGCUCCUACCAGCAGGUCGCGGACCAGGACUACGCCUAAUUUAUUCACCACUCCAUCUCCGCUCUGGAUGAAUGGAUUCAAAACCGUCGUCGUUUGCUUUUGCUCCUCGCCACGUUCAAUUAAUGGUUGUGUAUGCAUGUAUGUGCCAAUAUGAUGUGCCUUUGCCCUGGUC